GAUUAUUUAUCAAGCGGUGAGUCCCAUGUCGCGAUUUGCGGCAAUUGUGGAUACGGGAUCCAAGACAGCCGCCCGGAAUUAUAUUAAUAAUGUCCUACAACUCCGAUAACGUUAUCAUAACAGAGAAAUUAUGAAGAUAGAAGUCAAUAUGAAGACCAAAGAAUAUCUCUGUAACAGGUGUUUGAGCUAUGCGUGUUGAGGUAGAGGAGAGCAAGCCAUCAGGUGAACUUUAUCGUCGUGCGCAAUUAUAGGUUACCAGUAUGCAUUAAUUAUGUUUAUGUUUACUUUAUUAACUCAAUUACUAAACUGACUCAGAAUUUGAUAAUUCUGUUGAUAUUAUGUAAAACAACAUUUGUUUUUAAUAAGUAAAAUGACCAAAUACAUGCUCAUUGAAAGACAUCGCCUACCUAUCCAAGGAAAUAGGCUUUUUUUUCUCUCACUUAGAUGAUGUAUGCAGAUCUCUGUCAAUUCAACGAGAUAUGCUUCUAAAUAGUGGACAUACAUUUGUUAUCUUACUGUAAUGAUCACAGGACUGGAAUGAUAUUGUUAUCUACGAAGAAAAUUGUUCAGGAGUUAAAUAGAGGUUAAACCUCAUCUAGAUGCUGCGUUUAUAAAUACGGAGGAGUUGUCUAGCAGCAGUUAUGGUGGUGGAGAGGACACUGCUUGCCGCAAGGCAGGGGGAUGUACAAACUCUGAAAGUGCAAUUAGCGGAGAAAGUACUGAACAGCGACGUAAAGGACCUUCUCGGAGCCUCACCUGUCCACCAUGCCGCCCGUGCUGGAAAACUGACUUGCCUACGUUUCCUCGUGGAAGAAGCGGGUUUACCGGGCAACAGUUUGGCGAAUAAUGGCGCCAGCCCCGCACACGACGCUGCUGCCACUGGUAACCUGGCCUGCUUACAGUGGCUAUUAACUCAAGGUGGAUGUCGUACCGCGGACCGGGAUAGUUCCGGAGCCACCGUCCUCCACCUCGCCUCCCGGUUCAGCCAUCACGAGAUCACAGAUUGGCUGCUGAAGAGCGGGGAAGCAGACACCGGGGUGUCCACAGACACUGGGGCCCUGCCUGUCCACUAUGCUGCUGCCAAGGGAGACCUGCCCUCCCUCCGUCUCCUGUUGGGACACAGCCCAAAUGUUGUCAAUUCCCAAACAAAGAAUGGUGCCACACCCCUAUACCUGGCCUGCCAGGAAGGUCACCUGGAGGUUGUCCAAUACCUGGUGAAAGACUGUGUGGCGGAGCCAGGCAUCAGAGCCAAUGACGGGAUGACACCUCUGCACGCUGCCGCCCAAAUGGGCCAUAACACUGUCAUCGUCUGGCUGGUGAGUUUCACAGAGAUCAGCCUGUCCGACCGGGAUGGUGACGGUGCCACGGCUAUGCACUUUGCCGCCAGCCGUGGCCACGCCAAGGUGCUCAGUUGGCUGCUGCUGCACGGCGGCGAGAUCAUCACCGACAGCUGGGGCGGAACGCCGCUACACGACGCCGCUGAGAACGGGGAGCUGGAGUGCUGUCAGAUCCUGGUGGUGAACGGCGUGGACCUGGGCAUACGGGAUCAGGACGGCUUCUCCGCGGCCGACCUGGCAGAGUACAACGGGCACGCCCAGUGUGCCAAGUACCUGCGCAAUGUGGAGAACAUGAGUGUGGAGCACCGCGUGCUUUCCAGAGACCCAUCGGCUGACCUGGAGUACAACAAGCAGCCUGACUCAGGUUUGUCGUCCCCCAACAACACCAUGCCCCCGGCGGGGUCGGGGCAGGCCCAGCAACCCGCCCACUUCGACAUGGGCUCGCCCUCCAGCACUCUGUCCAAUUACGACUCGGCCAACUCCAGUCAGUCCAGCACAGGAGGGAAAAGGAGCGGCUCGCCCCCAUCGUCGCGAGCCCCGGCUGGUGGAGGCCCAACAGAGUCGACCAUCAAUGACAUGCAGACCUACAUGGACAUGCUGAACCCAGACGUAGGGGGUGGAGUCCCCAACAGCAAGGACCCCGCCACCAACGCUGCCACUCAGCAGCCUCCCCCACCCCCACCAGCCUUUCCACCACCCCCUCCCCCUGACUGCCCCUCCCAACUACCCCCACCCCGCUACCCGCCACCCCAGCCCCCCGAGGACUCAGACGCCGAGAUCUACUUGAAGGUGAAGAGCAACCUGAGGCAUGUGGAGAAUGAGGCCCUUAAAAAGCAGCAGGUUGUGGGAGAUCACCACGAUAAGCUGCGUCGGGUGGACUCCAACAGAAAGUCUCGAAACUUCAACAAGCAGCCCAGCACCGGGGACUACUACAAAGCCCUGGGUAGCGACACGGUCGACAACCGUGGGAUCAGAGCCAUGGCACCUAACGAGGAGGGUUCUGUGCUAUUGGAGGAGCCAGCCGAAAGCCCCGCCCCCAGCCCGGAGAACGGCACCACGGAGGAGUUGUCCCUCCCUCCUCCUCUUCCUCCUCUCCCGCCUCCCCUCCCCAUCAGCAACCCCACCCCGGCACCCCCUCCUCCCCCACCACUGCCCUCGGAAAUGCCCACCUACCAGUACAGCCCUUCCUCAAACACCAACCAGCGACGCCCCUCCUCCUCUUCAGGAAGCAACAAAUCUUUCAACAUGAUGUCCCCCACCGGAGACAACUCUGAGCUGCUGGCCGAAAUAAAAGCGGGGAAGAACCUGAAGCCCACUCCACACAGUAAAGGCUACACCACUGUCUUCUCCAACAGCGGCCCGCCGGGCAACGACGGAGAGAGUCCUACGUCCCCGCCCCCGACCCGCACGGUCAGCCCGCCAUCAGCCAAGCCCAUGUCCCCGCCUCCUGCUGCCAGCGCCACUUCGCCACCCACCACCCCCAGCCCGGUUGGCACUGGCACGCCCCGGACCCUCUCCACCUCUCAGAGCAGCGAGCAGCUCCUCAAUGGGAAUGGCAGCGGAGCAGCGUCGGCAUCUAGCCUGAUGGGUCAGACCAGGAAGGGUAGCCUGGCGGACGUGGAGGCCCUCGUGCCCACACACGAUGAGCAGGGCCGGGCCAUCCCCGAGUGGAAGAGGCAGGUCAUGGUACGCAAGCUCCAGGUCAAGAUGCAGGAGGAGGAAGAACACAAACGCAAGGUGGACGAGGAGGCGGCGCGCCUGGCAUCCAUGCCAGCGUGGCGGAGGGACAUCAUGAAGAAAAAGCUUGAUGAAGAGAAGGAGCAAAAAAGAAAAGAGGAGGAGCGAGCAAAAAAGGAGAAGGAGAGUGAGGAGAAGACGGAGCAGGAGCGACUACGGACCCUGGGUUACGACGAGAGCAAACUGGCGCCAUGGCAACGGCAGAUCAUCCUAAAGAAAGGAGACAUAGCGAAACCGUAGACAUGGCACCCCCAGGUCGUUGCCCACACAUCAACCUCCCUGUCCAACCCUCUGCACCUUCAUUGUAAACCCCCAGAAACCCAACUACCAUGAAGACCCUAAGUCUUGAAUCAUACACAGGAGCUUACUUUACGUCAAGUUGUUUAACAUGACACUUUGUAGAAAGUUCCCACACAUUACCGUACACUACCACAACCUUGCUCAAUGUUGGGCUCUCUUGUGGGGCAUUGUGGGAAAAGUAGUUUUUUACUGUGGUGAUUACAUCUGUCAUGGCUAAAUGUCCAGCCAUUUUUCCUAAAUGUCAUCUGUUUUCCUUGCAUCUGCCACACCCACUACUUACAUUGAUAACUGAGUUCUUAAACUCAACUGUUGUAGGCUACUGUAUGUUUGCUUUUAGUAUGGAAAGUGUCAUGGUCAACGUAAUAAGCAACAGCUUGUUAAACAUAACCUCCACUAAAGUGUAAUUCAGAGUGCAAUGACGCAGCGAUGCAAUAGUCCGGCAUCCCAUUGUGACAUAGCUACGAGGCUCUGAGGCCACCAACGCGGCUCGUCGUACACGUCCUCUAUUCAUUUGAAUGUGUUGAUAGUUGGAGAAAUUGCUUGAGCUGUGUUGAGAAUUUGAAACGGAGGAAAGCCAACGGUCCAAUAUUCUAGAACACUGCUGUGCGUUUUGGACUCCGAUAGAUGCUUAAGACUUAAAUAUUUGUUUUCCUAUGACAGCAGGCAUUUCUAUACUGCGUAUAUAUCCUAAUCUUCAUUUAAUGCACAAAGACAUGAAAUCAGGCCAUUCUACAUAAGGAUGCUAUUUCUCACCGAGCCCAUCUGAACUGCAGAGAUAUUAUUGAAACAGAUGGGAAAUUGAUAGAGGUCCCUCCUUUACAUGUUGUCAUUUUUUUUCAGUGGACAUGAAUAUCAUGGUUUUUAAUUGCAACCAUAAACAUUUUAAAAAGGGGUUUAAUUUAGCUAGUUCUGGAAAGCGUCAUUUAAAUAACGUAUCAUCUUAAAUGAAUAAUUAAUACAUUGAGCAUAUAACCCUUUUUUAUUUUUUUCAAUGAAUGUCGCUAAAUGUUAAGUUAUUGUGAUCAUGGUGAAUUGUUUGUGUCUUGCAUAUUGUGUCUUAUGGAUGUCAUCAUUGUCUGAACACCCCAGACCACAUUUCACAACCACGCCAAGAAAUAUCCAUGCAACUUUAAAAAAAGACUAUUUAGCAAAUCUCUUGAGUUCAACAAGCAAACAUGUUUUUUUUUAAAGUGAUCUGGAAAAUAUUAGGGGCACAAUCGUAACAGAAGGCUGACCAGCAAACUGAAUGUUGCAAAAGUCCCCAAAAUACAUCAGUGACUCCUGUCCUGUGACCUAUAUCUGGUUGGCCCCAGUAAACCUUGGAAGUUAAUAUUUUAUGAGCAGAUCCCUUUACUAGAGGAGAAUGUUCUCUCUCCCCCCUCCCUCGCUUUCCUCUGUGUGUGUGUCUGAGAAACACAAGUCCUCGUGGAUGCCCUUAUUCUUUGUGUGUUCUCCGGCUAAAAUUAAACACUUCUUCAAUUAUGUUGCUGUGUAUAAUACCAUUAUGUGGAUCACAGGAAAAUGUUGGCUUUCUAUUCUUUCUCAUUGUUUUCCUAUUCACCUACAUUAUUAUUUUCAAUCCACCUACAGGUUUUAAUUUAGGCAAAUUGUGUUUUUUUUUGUUGCCAGGAGCCCAAACUAAAGGUAACUCGGGCAUUAUUAUCAUCUUUCUCAGAAAUGACCAUAGACGCAUUGUAGGUUUUAUAGGUUGGUAGACUGUGCACUGUAGUUGUUGUGGCUAGAGUUGUUGGACCUCAGAAAUGUGCCAGAUGUGUCUUUCUGAAUGUGUAUAUAACAAAUAUAUGGUAACCCCUCAAUGUCAGAAAAUGUGCUGUAGGUUUACUUUGUAUAUUUUGGGUGUAUCAAACAUAUACAUUACAUACAUAAUAUAUUAGGAAGUGCAUGGUCCUUUGUUGAGAAAUCAUUUGGAAAUAUUCAAUUCAUUGGAUGCCAUAUUGAUGUUGAAAUUUAAAACUAUGUAAACGUCAUUGCCAUUAGAAGAUUUUCUAUACAUAAAUACUGUAUAUAGUAACCCUCAAUACUUGUUUCAUUGUUCCAAAAUUGCAUGAUAUUACAGUUCUCAGCCUUGCUUACAUAGAUUAUUGCUUCAUUAAUGUAAAACUAUAUUUUCAGACUGUCAAAUGGAAUUAAAUAAAUAAAUUACAAUUUACUGCAA